AUGUCGUAUAUCGGAGCGGGAGUUGCGCCGGGAGGCGCGCAGGCGACGGUGCAGUCGGGCAACAAGCUCAAGGCGCUGUUUGACGCGAACAAGCCUGCUUUCGGCGGCUGGCAGAUGCUUCCGGGAGCGACCAUCUCGAGGCUGUUGGCGCAGUCUGGCGUGGAUUGGGUGUUGGUGGAUUGCGAGCAUGGAGGCAUGGACGAUCGUGCCAUGCAUGACGCGGUUCCUGCCAUUGCGGCAUUGGGAGUGUCUCCCAUUGUGAGAAUCGCGGGGAUGGAGCCUUGGAUGGUGAAGCGUGCUCUGGACACUGGAGCUCACGGUGUCCUUGUCCCGCUGCUGCGUACCGUCAAGGAGGCCGAAGACCUCGUCCAGGCCGCCAAGUUCCCUCCUUGGGGAAAGCGAGGCUUCGGGUCUCCUUAUUCCGCCAAACAGUUCGGGCGCACCAUCAGCUCCCUCGACUACCUCAACCAGGGCAACGAGUCCAUCUUGACCAUGGUUCAAAUCGAGACCAAGGAGGCCCUCGAAGCAGUAAAUGAAAUCGCUGCCGUCGAGGGAAUCGAUGUGCUGUUCGUGGGUCCAUUCGACCUAGGUAACAACAUCGGCCACCGCAUCACCACCGAGGGCAUCCCUCCGGAGCUCGACGCCGCCCUGGUCAAGAUUCAGGCUGCCGCCGCCAAAGCUGGCAAGAAGAGUGGCAUCUACACGCUCGACCCGGCCCACGCCAAGAAGUGCCAGCAGCUGGGCUUUGACAUGAUCCACGUAGUUACGGACUACAUGGGCAUCGAGGACAUUGCUAAGCAGUCUCUCACCGCGGCCAGGAGUUAG